CCGUCGGCGGCGCUGGGCUUUUCGGGCCCAGCCGGAUUCAUGGCCACCGCGGGCGGCCACGCUUCUAACUGCAGCCCGGCCGGCGAGGCGGAGCGGCCUCACCCGCGGCCCUUCCUGAUCGGGGUGAGCGGGGGCACCGCCAGCGGCAAGUCCACCGUGUGUGAGAAGAUCAUGGAACUGCUGGGUCAAAACGAGGUCGAUCAUCGUCAACGGAAGGUGGUCAUUCUGAGCCAAGACCGAUUCUACAAGGUGCUCACCCCAGACCAGAAAGCCAGAGCCUUAAAGGGGCAAUUUAACUUCGACCACCCAGAUGCUUUUGACAACGAUUUGAUGAAAACGACGCUGAAGAACAUCAUCGAUGGUCAAGCAGUGGAGGUCCCAACGUACGAUUUUGUGACCCAUUCCAGGUUGCCCGAGACCACGAUGGUUUACCCUGCCGAUGUGCUGCUGUUUGAAGGGAUCUUAGUCUUCUACAGUCAAGAAAUCCGAGAGAUGUUUCAUCUCCGGCUUUUUGUCGAUACUGAUUCAGACGUCAGAUUGUCCCGGAGAGUCCUUCGAGACAUGAAACGAGGGAGGGAUCUGGAACAGAUUUUAACUCAAUAUACGACGUUUGUCAAGCCUGCCUUUGAAGAAUUCUGUUUGCCGACCAAGAAAUACGCUGACGUCAUUAUCCCGCGAGGCGUGGAUAAUAUGGUGGCCAUCAACCUGAUCGUGCAGCAUAUCCAGGACAUUCUCAGCGGGGAUCUCUGCAAGUGGAACCGGGCCGCGGUGAACGGACAUGGCCGCUCGUCCAAGAGGCCCUUCCCUGAGCAAGGCGAUAGCCUCCCCCUCCUGGCGCCUGGAAAACGGUCACACCUGGAAUCCAGCAGCCGCCCCCACUGACCACUUGGAAGGCUUGGAACCCACUUCUGGCCCAGCCGGACUUUGCAAACAUUUUGGGGCGGGGGAGGACUGUCCUUAAGGAGCUCACCCCCACCUUUAUUUCAAAGGGGGGAAUUAGCUUUUCUUCCCCCAAACAAGCCCUGGUUUGUGCCGAAAUCCCAGAAUAUACCACAUGGAUGGGCCUUUCCUCCCUUCUUCCCUCCUUCUUUUUCUUCUUCCCUUAAUCCCUUCCUUCCUCUCCCACUCUCCAUCCUUAAUUCUUCGCUUUCCUUUCUUCAUUUAUUCUUCCUUUCUCUUCUU